AUGGGUGGUUGGAAUGAUGGAGUUUGGAAGUGGGGCGAUUUAGGAAUAUCGGAGGGGGAGGUUUUAGAGGCAGGUUUGUUAGCUCUGUACACGGAUUUGAGGGUUCUUUUAGAGACUUUUGAGGGAAUGGAUGAGGGGAAGGAUUCCGCGAUUUGGUCUCUUGAUGAAGAGAAGGGUUUUACGGUUGCUUCAUGUUAUUCUCGAUAUGCUUCUUUGCGUAUUUCGUUUGGUCCGCCAAAUAGAUGUGAUGAGGCUUUGGAAUUGUUGUGGAAGAUGGAGGUUCCUUUUAAGAUUAAAGUUUUCGAUUGGAGACUUUUUAUGAAUAGACUUCCGACUAAAGAUCUUUUGAUGCAUAGAGGUAUUAACUUUACUUCUUCUAAUUUAAAUUGUGUGUUUUGUGAUAUGCAUUUGAAAGAGAUGGACCAUGUUUUCUUUAAGUGCAAUGUGAUUAAAAUUGUUUGGAAAGAAAUUGCUUCGUGGGUGGAUUUUAUGGGUUGGAAGGAGGAAGGGUGUAUUCCGUUUUUUAUGGAAUGGCAUACUUUGAGUCGUGCCAAAAGAGUUAAGAUUGGCAAAUUGGGGGUGUUAUGA